AUGAAAUUAGUCUAGGAUUAGUAUGGCUUUGGGAAUAACUUAAUUAAACAAUAACUAAACUUAUUUUCUUCAGUAAAUGCCUCUGAAAAUCGAAAGAAAUAAUCAAAAAUUGAUGAUGAUAAAAAUGAUCAAUAAAAAUUAGAAAAGCAAAGGAAAGAAGCUUCUCCAUUCUUUAAUAUGAAUAAUAUCAAGAAAACAUUGAGUGAGGAAUUAGAAACAGAGCAAGAUAAAAUAAAGAACAAGCAAUAGUUGCAUGAACUCGAGGAGUAAAGUGAAAAAUUUGACUUUAUUAAGGCUGAUCAGAGAAUGAUUUAGGAUACUUAUGACUGUGUCAAAUUUCUAAAUAAGCUUCCAAUGAAUGUUUUAGAGGAAAGUUUGAAGGUUUUCAGAGAAAAUUUGUUCAAUAUGAGCAGUAGAAAAUAGAUCCCAGUCAAAUUCUAUGAGAUUCUACUUAAGGAAUAUUAGGAAGAAUAAAAAUUGAAGUUAGAAGGAGGAGUUUAAAUUGUGGAUUCAGUUGAUAUUCCUCCUCCUAAUCAAUUAGGGGAACUAAUGCAAGAUAGAGAUGAGACCUUGUUUGAAGUAGCUAAUAAUGUGUAUGCAUCAAUGCAAACAAUUCUUGAAUUUAUGGAUAAAGGAGUUAAGGGACUUCUAUCAGGAGAUAUGUCAGUGUAUAUAAUUCAACAAAUCAAGUAAAGUAUUGACAAGUAUAUGACAGACUUUGAGAAGAUCUCUUCUGAAAUAAAAGAUUUAUUGGAAAAGCAGCAAAGUUUAGAUGCAUUCAUGAAUGAUAAUUUCAAUCUAGAAUCUUAAGAACUUUACCUCUAAAAUACACCUACAUACGAGGCAGCCAAGAACUUUGACAUUUAUUUACUACUGCUAGAAAAAAAUGAUUGGAAAAAACACAUUCAGAUUAAAUAAACUUCCAACUAUUUAUCUCCUACGAGCCUAAUCAACCCGGAACUUUUGUUGAAUACUUCAUCGUCAUAAGAUCACAAAGAAAAAGCAUAGAUUUUAUUCGCAAAUUAAGAUAACUUAAGGAGUUUUAUUGAACAAAAAGCUAAAAAAGUUCAGUUUACACAUUAAGAAUAAAUAGAUAGCUUAAAGAAGGAACUAAAUAUGAUUAUAAAUAAAUUAUAUCAAGAAGUAUGCAAAACUGCCUAUGAUUUGGACAAAUAUAGAAUACCUGUUCACGGUAUACCUUUUCCAUAAUUUGAAAACCCAAUGAAUUUAUUCUAAAGGUAACUUAAAAUAGAAGAAUUAUCUUUUGAGCUAUCACAAACGAGAUAUAAAUCAUCGCUUGAUAGUUUGAUUAAAAUUGGAAGAGGUGAUUAACUAGCAGUAUCUCAUAGAUAUAUACUAUCUUGGAUGAGACUUCUAGAAAGUUCCAUUGCAGAAUAGUAAAAAAUAUUUAUUAAGAGAGGAAAUUUAGAUUCUAAUAAAUCAAAGAUCGGGCAUCAUCUAAUAUAAAUACCAAGCGAAAAGAUAGCUUAAAUGUGCGUACUUCAUUUGAUGAAGCAUUUGUUCAAGUAAUUUGUCUCAGACAUUAAAUACGAUGAUGAUGUAAAUGAUGAAAGAGAUGUAUCAUAGGAAAUUAAAAUUCCAGCAAUUUAAUUGUUUGAUGAAUUAGGAAAGUUAUUUGAUAAAGAAUUGAAAUCGACAUUGAUGUCCACAACCAGGAGAAAAUCGGAUCAUGCAAUUGCUAAACCCGGUGAUCAAGAUUAAGCUAAAUUUGAUAGUGGAUUAUUUAAUGAAGAAAUUAAUGCUGAACUAGGAUCAGAGUUUUAAUAGAUUCAUAAUAAAAUAUCAAAGCAUCAUUUAAUUGAAGAUCAAUCAAUAGGAUCUUUACCUAGAGAUAUUCAACUUAAAUUAGGUGCUUUUUUGACAAAUCUCAUGUGUAAAAAUCUUAAAUACAAGAUUGGAACUAAGAGCUAUUUACUAUUAAAGCCUUAAGUUUUGAGAUAAGAUGGAUAGAAAUUUCUUGGCUAUAUAAUUUUCAAUAGGUCUUUUAUUGAGACAUUUAUUGGAGAGUUAGAUAAAAUUCAUGAUUUAAGUUUACAAUUAGAGCGUAGUUUGCCUAUGAUAUAUUAGCCCGCUCCAUGGAAGAAUUUUAACUUCGGAGGAUAUUAUUUAAAGCAAACUAAACUUGCUAAAGUUAUUCCAAACUUUAAAGAAGCAGAGAAAUAUCUACAUAGAGCUGAUCUUUCAAAUUUAUGUAGUGUCCUGAAUAUUCUUAGUUCUGUUAAAUGGAGAAUAAAUAAAAGAGUUUUAGAAGUAAUUGAAUAUGCUUGGUCAAUUGGAGGUGGCCUUGGAGAAAUCCCAAAGAGGUAUAAUGAUAGAUAAAUUACUCCAGAGCUUUUAAAGACAGUUAAAUUUAAGGAAAAACUAAAACUUUUGAAAGAACAUUAAAAGAACAGAGAAACUCAUGCACUUAGAUGCGAUUUUUUACUCAGACUUUCAAUUGCUUAGAGUUUUAAAGGAGUUGAUAAUCUCUAUUUCCCACAUAAUAUGGAUUUUAGAGGUAGAGUUUAUCCAAUUCCUCCUCAUCUCAAUCAUAUGGGAGCAGAUAUUAACAGAGGUCUACUCUAAUUUGCUGAAGGUAAGCCAUUAGGAAAAGAUGGUUUGUUUUGGCUUAAAGUUCAUUUAUCGAAUAAAAUGGGAAAUGACAAACUGCCUAUAGUGCAAAGGGCAGCAUAUGCUGAAUCUAUAAUGGAGAAGGUGCAUAAAUGUGCUGAAGAUCCAAAGAAUAAUUUAGAAUGGCUAUAAACAGAUAACCCUUGGUAGGCUUUGGGUGCUAUGAUAGAUCUCAGUUAAGCAAUGAAUAGUCCUAAUCCUGAGGAAUAUAUAAGUUAUCAGCAUAUUCAUGUAGAUGGUAGUUGUAAUGGAAUGUAACAUUAUGCUGCAUUGGGUAGAGAUGAUAGAGGUGCUAGAUAAGUUAAUUUAGCUGACUCAGAAAGACCAGGAGAUGUUUAUACCGCAAUUCUUAAGCUUGUCAUUUAAUAAAUUGAAAAUGAGACAGAUCCAUAAUUACUUGAAGUUGCAGAGGGUUUAAAAGGAAAUGUUAACCGUAAAACAAUUAAGUAAACUGUAAUGACAUCUGUAUAUGGUGUGACAUUUAUUGGAGCACGUUAAUAAAUUCAAAGAUAAUUAAGAGACAGAAAACUCUAUGAAACAAAUGGUGAACUAUAUAAAGCCUCUUAAUACUUAGCUAAAGUUACAAUAAAAUGUAUAGGAGAUCUAUUUAGAGAUGCCAAUAACAUCAAGGAAUGGUUUUCAAAAUGUGCAAAAGUAGUAGCUUCAACAGGAGAACCUGUAAAGUGGAUGACACCGUUAGGUCUACCAUGCGUACAACCAUAUAAAACUGCAUCAUAAAAGAAUAUCAUUACCACAAUUAUCCAGUCUAUAUCGGUAGCAGAUAGUUGGGAUGAUUAGCCUGUCAAUAAAUAAAAAUAGAACUCUGCUUUUCCCCCUAAUUUCGUCCAUUCACUAGAUUCUACUCAUAUGAUGUAUACGGCUUUAGAAUGCUACAGAUAAGGUAUUAUAUUUGCAGCUGUACAUGAUUCCUAUUGGUCUCAUGCAUCUAAUGUAACAAUUAUGAAUUAAGUGUUGCGUGAGCAAUUUAGUAGAUUACAUGGGAGUCCACUGUUGGAAAAUUUAUAUGAAAAUUUUAUCAGUCGUUACCCCAACCAGAAGUUCCCAGAAAUUCCAAAAAGAGGUUCAUUUGACCUAAACGAGGUUAAAAAAUCUACGUAUUUCUUCUCUUGA